AUGGAGAUGCUCCCACCACCUGACGAGACUCCUGGUCAUGACAACCGUACAAUCACGAUUGGCGCGGCACGGCUCUUGACCGCACCGAGCAAACAUCGGCUGUUUUGGAACUUCGACGACAUAAUAUUAAAUGAUACAGGAGACCUUGUUGAACAGCAUCCUGACAUUGCCCAUACCCUCUUGCUCAUCAGCGUUCUACCCCUUAUUGUUACCCGAGAGCCAACUUCUCCACUUAUUUGGAUUUGGACCACGAGGACCAAUCAAAGGUGGAACCGCGGCAUGGUUUCAACUUGGAUAUUCAGUGGCACCAUCCCAAACGGUAGCCAGUUUUCGAUGCUCCAGCGCCUAGCCAUGAUCGAUACAAAGCUUCAAGUGUCGCUGAAGUUGUUCGAGCUUUAG